CAAAUUCAGCUGGACACUGAUGCUAAGCGGCAGUCCCUACUGGUGAGGAGGGAGCAGGAAAGGCAAGCCUAGAGUCUAGAUCGCCUUGGAAGUCACUGGCCAUGCCCACUCUGCUGCUCCCGCUGCUGCUGCGGACGCUGCUGGCCCGCCUGCUGCUGCCUGCUGCCCGCUUGGCCCGCCGGCACUUCCUGCCCCUGCUGCGCCGGCUGGCCCACCGCCUGGGCUCUCAGGAUAUGCGAGAGGCUUUGCUGGGCUGUCUGUUGUUUGUCCUCAGCCAGAGACACCCGCCGGAUGCUGGGGAGGCCUCCAGAGUGGCCCGCCUGGAGAGGAGGGACAGGCUAGCCUCCCAAAUGAGGCCAUGAAUCCUGGUAGCAGCUGUAUCCACUGAAACGCUUUCUUUUGGAGUAAGACAGUCCUGGCCGCAUCACUGACUGGAGCCUGCCCAGUGGGCAGAAGACAUGGUGGAGGACUGAGCAUGAGAGGGGUCCGGCCAGGACAUGCCUCCCCACUCCCCCCACUCCCAGCAGAGAUGAUUGGAAGGAUGCUCUGCAUUUAGCAGAAAACCCAUCAUUAUCCCUCCCUCCCUGCCCCUGCAUUCUUCCCAAGAACUUUUCUUUUCUUUUUCUUUUUUUUUUUGGCCGCACAGCAUGUGGGAUCUUAGUUUCCGACCAGGGAUCGAAUCUGCACCCCCUGCAUUGGAAGUGCAGAGUCUUAAACCACUGGACCACCAGGGAAGUCCCAUCUUUUAAAUUUUUUUCCCAAGAACGUUUCUAAUUACCUCUGGCCUGUGAGGGGAGAGGAACUGACUCUCCUCCUUCCGCCGCCCCCACCCGCAGGCAAAUGGGGACAUGAGGUCCAAUGAGGGACAAUGCUUAACCCUGGGACAAUGGACAAUUUAGCUAAUCCAGACUGUCUUUGACUCGUGAUU